AUGGAGUCAAGAAUCAGAGAGCUCGAAGAUCACCAUGCUCGAGUGUAUCGGGAGUUGCUUGAAGUGCUAGACAAACUGUAUCUUGCAAAAAGUGAAAUGUCCGUUCAAGACGAAUCAGCUUUGAUGAUCAGACGACAAUUGCAGGCUUCCAUGAUGAUGACUGCUCCGAUAACGACGUCAAUGACUAACGAGGGCGAACUAAACUCGAGACUGGAAAAACUGAUGCGCGAAAACUAUGACAUGGAUGGCAAGCUGGCUCGUCAUCAGAAUGAGAAACUGAGGUUAGUGAAAGAAAUCUAUUCAGGACAGAAAGAAUACAAAGAGCUUGUUGGGAGGAUUCGGCCCGUUGCUAGUGAAUUGAGGAACCGGGCAGAAACGGAAAGAAAAGUGGUUAGCCAAGAAAAGGUUGUGGAUGGUGACGAGAAUAAGGAAUCCGACAAAAAUAAUGAAACUAAUGGGAUAAACGAAAAUGAGGUCUUGAAAGAGUUGAUCGUUGGACUUAUCUACCAAAGUGGGUACCAGGGGACGAACGAGACGAUUGAGAACUGGCUGAGGUAUUUGGAAAAAGAGAGUUAA